UGAAAUGUUUAUGUUUAUUAUUGAUAUUUGUUUAUAUUAUUGUAUUAUUAAAUAUAACAGCAAAUAAGAAGUAUUAUUCAGUGUUUUAAAUAAGUUAUUCAUCAUGGAAUAUGGAGAGUAUAAAGAUGCUAAAAAGGAAAAAAUAAUAACAUGCAUUAAAGAUGAAGAAGAUUCUUCAAACACAUAUUAUAAAACAGAAGUUAAAUCUGAAGUAGAAGAACACCUCUUUGAAUACAGUACUCAGGAACCUCGACCUAAUGAGUAUUGUUUAAAUGAUAUUAAAAUAGAAAACCACAUAUUAGAAGAUGCAAUUCAUGAAAUUCCAGUUUCACUAAAAAAAGAACUAGAGGAAUAUAGCAUAGAUGCUCAACAGGAACUAGUCAAAAAAACAAAAACACUAGGUAAUCCUAAAGUAGAUUUGGAACUUCACACUGGAAAAAAAUCUUACAAAUGUGAAAUUUGCCAUAAACAAUUUUUGUUCAAACGUUCUUUAAACAAACAUGAGAAAGUUCAUACUGGUGAAAAACCUUAUAGAUGUGAAAUUUGUAGUAAGCAGUUUAGUCAAAAGAGUCAUUUAAAUGUUCAUAUGAGAGUUCACACUGGUGAAAAACCUCAUAAAUGUGAAGUUUGCUUUCUACAGUUUUCUUACAAAUGUUCGUUAAAUGUGCAUAUGACUAUUCAUACUGGUGAAAGACCUCAUAAAUGUGAAAUCUGUAGUAAGCAGUUUACUCAACUAAGUAAUUUAAAGGAUCAUAUGAGAGUUCACACUGGUGAAAAGCCUUAUAACUGUGAAAUUUGUUCCAAGAAAUAUGCUUGCAAAAAGAAUUUAAUUAACCAUAUGAAACGUCACAAUGGUGAAGGGCUUUAUAAGUGUGAAAUUUGUAGCAAGCAAUUUAUUCAGAAAUGUAAUUUAAAUUCACAUGAGAAAGUUCACAUUGGGGAAAAACUUUAUGAAUGUGAAAUUUGUAGUAAAAAAUUUAGUCGUAACAAUAAUUUGAUUGUUCAUAUGAGAGUUCACACUUGUGGAAGACCUUUUAAAUGUGAAAUUUGUUUUAAACAAUUUACUCUAAAAGGUACUUUAUCUGAUCAUAUGAGAGUUCACACUGGGGAAAAACCUUAUAAGUGUGAAAUUUGUUUUAAUACGUAUGCUUUCAAAAAUAAUUUAAAUCAUCAUAUGAAAAACCACGGAGGGGAAGAACUUUACGAAUGUAAAAUUUGUGGUAAGCAAUUCAUUCAACAAUCUAAUUUAUAUUCCCAUGAGAAAAUUCACACCACAGAAAAACAGUAUGAAUGUGAAAUCUGUAAUAAACAAUUUAGUCGUAAAAAUAAUUUAAUUGUUCAUAUGAUAGUGCACACUGGAGAAAAAUCUUAUAAGUGUGAAAUUUGUUUUAAGCAGUAUGCUUACAAAUAUAACUUAAAUGAUCAUAUUAUGAAACAACACAGUAAAGGAAUACUUUAUAAAUGUGAAAUCUGUGAUGAGCAGUUUGAUGAAAAGUGUAAUUUAUAUUCACAUAAGAAAAUUCACACUGAAAAAAGAAUUAUAUAAACAUGACGAUAUAUAUGGCGAUAAAUAUGAAAUUUGUAGUAAAUAAUUUAUUUGCGAAAAUAACCAGUUCAGCAUAAGUAUAAUGGCAUAUCUUGUUUGGAUAUCUUUUACGAACAGAAAACAGAACACAGGCAAGAAAUACCAAGGAGAAAGUAGACGCGUUCGCUGAUCAUUUAGAUAAUAUAUUUCAACCAAACCCUGGGGAAAGUCAUGUAGACGAUGAACGAGUAGCUACUGAUUAUGUUAACACACAACCGACUACUACAAAAGAAGUUCAAAAAUUAAUCAAGAACAUCAAUACAAAAAAGCGCCUGGGUUUGACUUGAUUAAUGGCGAGAUGCUAAAGAAAUUAGACUAGAAAAGCCAUAGUAAAGCUUACUACCCUAAUAAAUGAAUAUUUUAGACUUCCCAUAUGUUCACAUCCUUUGGAAAACUGCAGAGGUCUUAAUGAUACCCAAAGUAGGUAUUUAAACUCAGAUAUUCAUAAUUCAUAUUUCCGUAAUUAAACAAUAUAAUUAACACCACCCCGUACAUCAAAUUGACUUCAUUUUGUUAUUGUGUACAACAGGUGCGACCCGAAAAUUAGUUGUUCAUAAACAAUAUAUAUUUGGAUAUUGCAUAUUAGCACUGACUAUUACAUUCCUUUGUUCUUUGUUAAAAACAAUAGGAGGUCGCGUGUCUAAUUUGACCCAAUAUUAUCUAUAAAACAACGAUACAGAAUAAAGAACCGAUCAAUAUCAUCAUUAAUAAUUAGCUUUUAGACGUUGUAACUGUUAACAUAAGUUUGUAUUUGUCCCGGGCCAGAGUGUCAGGUUAAAUAAAUUCAUAUUGUUGUAAA